CUGGACUAUCCCAAAUAUUGUUGUCUAUCAUCCUUAUCUGUGUCCGUCCUCUCAUCAUCGUCCUCGUCAUUCUUCUUCUUCUUCUUCUUCCUCCACACCACAGUCCAACCAAAAAGAUUACUCCUUCAAAACACAGAGAAUUUGUUAGCUAUUUGGAUUCAGUAAAAUGAGAAUGUCAGGGAUUGAUUUUCAGCAAUUGAAUGGAAACCCUUACAGCUUUGUCGCCUAAUAUUAUUUGGUUCAGCUAAUUGUUCUUUUCUGCAUUUAAUUGGAAAGCGUUUAUCAUUAUUGAUGCUUAAUGUUUUAACAGUACCCUCUUUUAUGAGAGAGGAACAUUUAAGUAGAACUGAACAUGACCAAGUAACAUGGAGAAACUGUCUGUUGAAUUAGAGAAAGACAUGAUGGACUAUGUAGCUUUGGAGGAUGACACCGAAGAGUGUUGUGUUAUAGAAGAUGUUGAAGUUCCCAUGGUUUUGGAUGAUACAAACAAGGACGAUUUAUCUACAUGUUUGGCUGGUGGAAUCACAGAACCAACCACGGACCUGGAAUUUGUUUCUGAAGAUGACGCCAGGAACUUUUAUAAUUCUUAUGCGAAGCAAAUGGGGUUUAGCAUUCGGGUGAACUCGUACUAUCGUUCAAAAAAGGACAAUUCAAUUAUUUCAAGGGAAUUUUGUUGUUCUAAAGAAGGUUUCCGCAGGGAUAAGCGAGCAAGAAAGAUGGAUUCUAGUGAUGAUGCAAAAAGAAGGAGAGCCAGACCUAUCACAAGGGAAGGCUGCAAGGCAAUGAUGACCGUUAGGAGGCGAGAUUGUGGAAAAUGGUAUGUUGCGAAAUUAGAGAAAACUCAUAAUCAUGAGUUGGUAACUCCAGCUAUGAGACAUUUCCUGAGAUCUCAUCGACUGGAAAAUGAGCCACAGAAAAGCUUGAGUAGUAAUUAUGAAUCACCAGAAAUCAGUACAAAGAGUACAGGGAAUCUCUUCACGGAGGAGUGUGGAGUGAUCAACAAAAAUGGGUUUCCCACUCAAGGCGAAACUAAUUUUAUUGGGAAAGGACGGCUAAGCACCUUUGGUCUAGAUGCACAAAGUCUUCUAGGGUUUUUUAAAAUUAUGAAAGCAAAUGAUCCUGCUUUCUUUUAUGCAAUACAGGUAGAUGAUGAAGACCGUCUGAGCAGUGUUUUCUGGGUCGACACAAGGUCAAGAAUUUCUUACAAUUGCUUCUCUGACGUGGUUGCUUUUGACUCAACAUACCAAGUAAAUCAAUAUAAAAUGCCGUUUGCUCCAUUUACAGGAGUAAAUCAUCAUAAACAGUCCAUAUUGUUUGGCUGUGCAUUGCUUGCGGACGAGUCUGAGUCUACCUUUAUCUGGCUUUUUAAGACAUGGCUCGAAGCAAUGUCCGGUCGGCAACCGGGAUUAAUAAUAACAGAUAAUGAUAUAACCAUAAGAACUGCUGUUGAGAGAGUUUUCCCAGAAUCUUGCCAUCGAUAUUGCAAGUGGCACAUCCUGAGCAAGAUGCCUAGAGAAAUGGGACAGGUCUACAGUGCACUUCCAAAGGCAUUUCAAACUGAGCUCGAUAAGUGCGUUAACAAGAGUGAAACUGGUGAAGAGUUUGAAUUAGCUUGGGGUUCACUCCUUGAUAAGUAUAGUCUUCUGGGUAAUGAAUGGCUUCAAUCACUAUAUGCUGACUGUAAAUUAUGGGCUCCAGCAUACUUAAGAGACAUAUUCUUUGCAGGAAUGUCAGCAACUCAACGAAGUGAAAGUGUGAACUCACUCUUUGAUGGCUAUGUCAAUGCAAGAACAACUAUACAAGAUUUUGCAGAGCAGUAUGAGAAAGCUUUGAAUGAUCGUUUUGAAAAAGAAGCUCGGGAAGAAUUCGACACAUUUUACACCAAACCUGUUCUGAAAACACCCUUGCCUAUGGAGAAACAAGCGGCAGAUAUAUAUACGAGAAAAAUCUUCACAGUUUUCCAAGUAGAAAUUUUUGAGUCUCUCGUUCUUGCGGUGAAGAAGAGUGUGGAUGAUGGGGCAAUCACCACAUAUGAGGUAGCAAGAUUCGACGAAGAACGUAAGGCAUAUUUUGUUGCAUUUAAUGAGUCGGAACAAGUAGCUAGUUGCUGUUGCAAAAUGUUUGAAUCAGAAGGCAUUCUUUGCAGACACAUACUCGCAGUUUUCAGAGCAACAAAUAUGUUCGUUCUUCCAUCCCACUAUAUCCUGAAACGAUGGACGAGAAAUGCCAAGGACGAAGCUGUAUCAGAUCUUUUACCCCGUGUGGAAUCUCAAUCUGAUUCUCAUAAGGCAAAGAACAUGCAGUACAAUGUUUUGUAUCAAGAAGCCAUCAAAUGUGCAGAGGAAGGGGUGGCAUCAGACCAUAGUUUUAAGGUUGCAUUUAAUGCUUUACGGGAGGCAAGGUAUAAAAUACUGAAUGCGAAGAAAAAUGCUUUUGAUGCCUCUAAAGUUGUAACAGUUGUCAAUACAAAUGAUCAGAUUGGAAACAUGUUAGAUUGUCAGAUUGACAGUUCUGCAUACCCAACCACAUCUCCCAGUCUUCAACAAGAUAAUACAGAAGACUCUCCCACGAGUAACUCUAACUACAAGUUUGUACCAGAGCAGCCUGCAAGCAGCAUCGCGACCAAAUGCAGGAGUCCUGGACUCGACAGUUGUCCUUGCUUGUGGCCGAAGGAUACUGACCCAAACUCUGUUACGACCGAUCAAGAGUUAGAACCUAUCGCUAGUCAUGGGGUCCUGGAGAGCAUACCUCAAAGCUGAAAGUAUCCACGUCGAUAUGAUUUAUACCUCCUUCAUUCUGUCUAUCUUCAUGGUUCUAUUUGAUUUGAACUGGUUUUUCGGCGUUCAUAAUUAACUCUGAUGACGCCCAAAAUGUACAUAUGUGUCAACUCAUGAAAUAUCGCUAGUCGAAGUGGAUCGCAAAGUCGAAGAAAACUCCAUUUCUCAUGAAGUUGCUGAACAGAUGUUAAUGGAGGAAGAAAGAUUGGAAUCGGUGAACAUGGGAAUCUCUGAUGCAGCUCUUAUUGUAGUUUCAUUUGGUGGGAAAAGAAAUGAGCAGCAGGACAUUUAUUUAGUACCUUGGAGCCUGCUAAGGUUGUUUGGCGUUCAUCAUUACGACUGUUGAGGCCCCCAGUUUACAUAUGUGGCAAGAAACCAACCCUAUCUUAUGAAGAAAAGGGUGUCCAGUUCUUGCAUUUUUGUCGACCUUAAUGAGUUUCCUUGUUCACUUUCCAAGUCCAGUAGCUGUGUAGAUAGAGAGAUUUUGUACUAUAUAAAAAAUUUCUUGAGUAUUCUUGCAUCCACUGUAAGUCAAACUGUAAUUUGCUCCUCGUGAAGUUGAAGAAAACUGCAUUUGGAAAAGUUUAAGAAAACUGCAUUCCUCGUGAAGUUGCUGAAAGGGUGUUAAUGGAGGAAGAAAUAUUGGAAUCGGUGGCUAGUCUAAACUCGGGAACCUCUGACACAGCUCUGAUUGUAGUUCCAUCCGGUGGGAAAGAUAAUGAGCAGCAGGGACAUUCACCGAGUACCUUGGAGCCUGCUAAGGUGGAAAAUCUGUAGGUUUCACUAUUGCUUGGUUCAGAAGAAUUUAGGCCUCUUUGGUGAAGCUUGAAGAAUUUUAAGAUUGUAAAUGACACUUAUGGUGCUUUUCAGCCCUCGACUCUAAUCUUAGUGCAAGUAAGUCGAUGGGAUUUCCUUGAUUUUUUGCAUGUUCAUUCUUAUCCCUGAGCUGCCGAGCAAUCAUCGGGGACAUGAAUCUUGUUCUGCGUACUUCUGAAAAAGAAGUCCAUAUUUUACUUGUUGUAUGCUGUAGAAAAUUAUUUGGUGAUACAAGACAGGUUUUCAUCAUAAUUGCAUAUUUACUUGCUGUUCGAUUCA